CGUCGAACAGCACAAUGAGGUGGACUGUGCCGGCGUUGGUGCUGGCCGCAUGCAUCAUGUUGGUGCUGGGAGGCCCUCCACCAAAGGACGACGACCCCGCGCUUGCCGACAUUCGUUUUCUUCGCAACGACGCGUUGAAGCUUAAAGACAGUGGCUCGUACCGCGAAUCCGCGGACAAACUCGACCGCGCCAUUCGGGCCCUUCAAGAUCUCCAUGAGACCCGCACCGAUGCCAAGAAACGUGCAGGGGAUGCGUCACUCCUUGCUCAAACAUUGAGUGAGCUGGGAAACGUGUUGUAUGCAGACAAACAGUAUGUCCCUGCAAAGAAGGUGCUGAUGCAAGCCGUGGACCUUUCCAAGAAGAUCUUCGGCCCGUCGCAUCCCGCCUACUCGUUGGCAUUGCGCAACUUGGGUGAAGUGUACUUGGCCUUGGAACAGCACGAGGAAGCGAUCGACAGCUACAAGCAGCUCAAGUCGCACGCGGAGAAAGGUCUCGGCAAAACCCAUGAGACUGUCGUGGAGGCCGCCCGACGUAUUGGGGAGUCGUAUGAAAAGCUCGGCAAGUUCAAGAAGGCCAUCAAAGUGUACAAGAACUUGUUGGCUGAACUGGGGCUCGGCGAAAAGUACGGAUCCCUUCGAACAUGUCCUUCAGCUCCACCAAUUUGUCCAUGUAGCAUCCCCAGGGAGCGCGCGGCUGCUGCCCAUGAAGCAGGAGUUGGCGAGGUGUACCAGGGUCUUGCAAGUGGAUUAAUGAAGGCGAACAAGUUGGACGACGCGUUGACGUACGCGACGGUCGCAAGCGGCAUCUUCAAGCGACGUGACGGAGCGAAGUCAAUGCCAUACGCGUUUAGCUUGAACCUGAUGGCAGGGGUACGUGGCCAUUGAGUCGGGGUGUGCCUUCGGAAUACACCUGAGGAAACUUGGAAGGUCAACACAUAUCUCGGCCGUGAAGAUGUAGCUCUGAAAUUGCUCAAGGAAGCGCAGGCAAUUGCUGUCGCGUUGCACGGGGAGCACCAUCCUUUGGUUAGCCAAGGCGCCCACAACAUUGAAAAACUGGAACAGCGCAUUGCAAGGAAGAAAGAGGCUCGUGACGAGUUGUAAUGCACGCCCUGUGUGAGCCAUUGGUGAUGACGACGCCAUUGCGAGGGUGCAAUCAGGGCAGGCUGGCGCGAGCACGUAAUCGAAUCAACAUGAGGGCCAAGCCAGCCCAAUUCAAUCGAUGAUGUCGUUAGCUCUGGCACACUUUUCCUGGAUAGCCCAUCGUGGUCGUCACGUUCGUGUGCUUCAUUCCUUCAUCUGCAUGGUCGGCACAAC